GUUCAAGGUAGUUACGUUGCUUCUCACCAAACCAGCAAAGCAGUGACAUCAUUCUAGUUCAAACUUCAAACCAAUCUUGAACCUAGUUCUCCAAGAAUAAUAUACAUUAUAUAAACCUCCAAUGACUUUGAAUAUCUGAUUAAGAACCAAAACUUCCACUGAAACUAACAUAGUCAAGAUUUUUCUAACACCCAACCAAGUGAGAAAAAUGAAAACAGCAGAGUUAGUAUUCAUUCCUGCUCCUGGGAUGGGUCACCUUGUACCCACUGUGGAGGUGGCAAAGCAACUAGUCGACAGAGACGAGCAGCUUUCGAUCACAGUUCUGAUCAUGUCGCUUCCCCUGGAGACAAAGAUUCCAUCCUAUACUAAAUCACUGUCCUCAGAGUACACUUCUCGUAUAACGCUGCUUCCACUUUCUCAACCUGAGACCUCUGUUAGUAUGAGCAGUUUUAAUGCCAUCAAUUUUUUUGAGUACAUCUCCAGCUACAAGGAUCGUGUCAAAGAUGCUGUUAAUGAAACCUUUAGUUCGUCAAGUUCUGUGAAACUCAAAGGAUUUGUAAUAGACAUGUUCUGCACUGCGAUGAUUGAUGUGGCGAACGAGUUUGGAAUCCCAAGUUAUGUGUUCUACACUUCUAGUGCAGCUAUGCUUGGACUCCAACUCCAUUUUCAAAGUCUUAGUAUUGAAUGCAGUCCGAAAGUUCAUAAUUGCGUCGACUCUGAAUCAGAAGUACUGAUCUCAACUUACAUUAAUCCAGUUCCAGUCAAAUGUUUGCCUGGGAUUAUACUAGACAAUGAUGAAAGUAGCAUCAUGUUCGUCAAUCAUGCACGAAGAUUCAGGGAGACGAAAGGAAUUAUGGUGAACACGUUCGCUGAGCUUGAAUCACACGCUUUGAAAGCCCUUUCCGAUGAUGAGAAAAUCCCGCCAAUCUACCCAGUUGGGCCUAUACUUAACCUUGGAGAUGAGAAUGAAGAUCAUAAUCAAGAAUAUGAUACGAUUAUGAAGUGGCUCGACGAGCAGCCUAAUUCAUCAGUGGUGUUCCUAUGCUUUGGAAGCAAGGGAUCUUUCGAAGAAGAUCAGGUGAAGGAAAUAGCAAAUGCUCUAGAGAGAAGUGGUAACCGGUUCUUGUGGUCGCUAAGACGACCGCCACCAAAAGACAAGCUACAAUUCCCAAGCGAAUUCGAGAAUCCAGAGGAAGUCUUGCCGGUGGGAUUCUUUCAAAGGACUAAAGGAAGAGGAAAGGUGAUAGGAUGGGCACCCCAGUUGGCUAUUUUGUCUCAUCCUGCAGUAGGAGGAUUCGUGUCGCAUUGUGGGUGGAAUUCAACUUUGGAGAGUGUUCGUAGUGGUGUACCGAUAGCAACAUGGCCAUUGUAUGCAGAGCAACAAAGCAAUGCAUUUCAACUGGUGAAGGAUUUGGGGAUGGCAGUGGAGAUUAAGAUGGAUUACAGGGAAGAUUUUAAUAAGAGAAAUCCACCACUGGUUAAAGCUGAGGAGAUAGAAGAUGGAAUUAGGAAGCUGAUGGAUUCAGAGAAUAAAAUCAGGGCUAAGGUGAUGGAGAUGAAGGACAAAAGUAGAGCAGCAUUACUGGAGAGUGGAUCAUCAUAUGUAGCUCUAGGGCAUUUUGUUGAGACUGCCAUGAAAAACUAAUUUAGCAAGAAUAAGCUGGAAUUCAUGCCUAAACCAGUACUAUCAUCAGUCUUGCAUCAUUUCCUUAAAUAAAGUAGAGAUGCACGUAUCUUGUAUUGUUACUACUUGCUGUCAAUGCUUCUUUCAUCUUUUCUUUAGCUGAGGGUCUAUCGGAAAUAGCCUCUCUGCCCUCCCAGGGUAGGGGUAAGGCUGUGUACACCCUACCCUCCCUAAACCCCACUUGCGGAAAUUCACUGGGUUGUUGUUGUUGUUGUUGUAAAGUAGAGAUGCACACACGGUUUCUACACGAUAGCAUGGUUUCAACUAGUGUU